GUCGCGUACGAAGAUAUGACAUACCGACAUCUUGGGGGGAGGUGAGGCCGGCACGUGGCAGGACAGAAUGAUCAGCCCUACCACUAAAACAGGCCAGCCCAGCCUGCCCCGGACUCAGCGGGCUGUUUCCGAAAUUCCGACUCCACAACGUCGCAUCAAUCCCCGGGGGGAUGGACCCACCCUCACCACCCUCCUCCGCGUCCUCUCCCAGCCAUCCAGCUUCACUGUACGUAGGUUGUUAAAAUGCCGUAACAGCUUUUGGAGUCCUCAUCGCCAGAACCUUACAGCGCUGUCUGCCUCGGAACUGCCAUCUCGCCUCCAAACUGAGCUGCGACGUCAUGUUUUGAUGUGCUGCACGCACUCUCCAACAUGGCCACGUCCAGGCCAGCUUCGUCGGCCGAGCCGCGUUCACGCCCCAUUUCGUACCAUGAUCCACAGUCCCCCGAUUUUGACGCUCACAAUGUCCCCGUUGAGGUGCUGGUCAGGCACCUGCUCGCGGCGAAACAGUCGUUGUCGUCCAUGGCACUAGUGCUACGCGCACAUGACCUUGUCACCAACGCGCGGCAGAUGCACGAGGAUUCGGUCAUCCUGAGCGCGCAAGCUGGCUCCGUCCGCCAGCUGAUGGAAUGCCAGGUGCGGUUGCUCCGCAAGGUCCGCCGUGGCAUGGGCCGUGCGUACGAUCACGGCCGCCGCGAGUUCAAACACCUGAUCCGCACGCUGGAUGCCGUGAAUGGGCAGCUUGAACAGACAAUGGAGAUGCUGCGAAAAACACGAGUGGAGCAUGUGUUCCGGCCGCCGGGCGAGGAAGAGAAAUGCCUGAUGGACUUUGUGGACGAGAACAGUGUUGAGGGGAUGCGAGACGCGCUCAAGGGGAGCAUUGCCGAGCUCCAGGCCACCCAAGCAUCCUUUGACGGCGACCUCCUCCGCUUCGACCGUGACCUCCGCCUGCUCAGCGAUGCCAUGUCUACCGCGGUUUCCCCGGCCUCGCCGUCCUCAUCGUCCGCCUACCAACCGAUUCCCCACCUCCUCGCAUCCCUGAGCAACCAUUCCCACGUCAUGGCAGAACUCCUGACCUCUCUCAACAAGCACUUCGACAUGUGCGUCAAAGCCGUCCGCGCAACCGAAGGCGGCGCCGCCCUCGCCCGGCGCCGCGCGGCCGAGGCGACCGGGGACGGCGAUCCUGUCUCCAUCUCGGGCGUGAUCACCGAGCAGGAAUCGCACUUGCCGGACCUCGAUCCGAUGGAUCCGCAGGAGCUGGCCGAGAUCGUGGAAGUCGUCGUGCACGACGCGCCCGAGGUGGACGACGUAGUGGCCGAGAUCCAGGGGGUGCUGCAGCAGAUGGAGCUGGAUUUCGGGAUGCUCAAAGAGCAGGCCGACCAAAUCAGGGCCACAUACGUGGCGACCAUGGCGGCGUUCCAAGUGCUGGAGGACGUCGGCUCGCGGCUCCACAGCUACGUGGCGGCGCAGAGCGAGUUUGAGCAGCGCUGGGAAGACGAGAAAGAGAUCAUUGGCGUGAAGCUCCAGGAGAUGGAUGCGAUGGGGCGGUUCUACGAGGGGUACGCCAGCGCGUAUGGCAGUCUGCUGCUCGAGGCGGAGAGGAGGCGGGCGGUCGAAGAUAAGAUCCAGAGCACUCUGCGCAAAGCCAAGGAGAAUGUGGACAAUCUGGUCCAGGCGGACAGGAAGCAGCGGGAGCAUUUCCGGCAGGAGGUGGGCGAGUUCCUGCCGACCGACUUGUGGGUGGGCAUGAACGACCCACUCAAGAGAUGGGAGCUUGUGCCGGUCACGGAGGAGGCGGGUCCGAAUGCACGGGCGCGGGAGGAACUGAAGACGCCUACGCUAGGCAAACCAGCGGCCAAAGGGAAAGGGCCGGCUCGAUGAAUGAUCCAUGUUGGCAUUCAUUGUGAUUUCGGGUUUUCCUAGGGCAUGCCGGUUAGCGUUGGCUACCUUCUCCUUGUGAUUUUGGGACAUAAUGGGGAUUACUCCGUAGGUUGAGCGGAUUGGCUCAGAAGUACGGCUGUAUACCAUUUUAUUCAGUGUAAUAUCUUGUAUAAUGGCGGGGG